AUGGCGAGCCCCACUCUGAGCCCCGACUCCUCAUCCCAGGAGGCUCUGUCAGCCCCCACUUGCUCUCCCACCUCUGACUCUGAGAACCUCAGCCCUGAUGAGCUGGAGCUGCUGGCCAAGCUUGAAGAACAAAACCGGCUCCUGGAAGCCGACUCCAAGUCCAUGCGCUCCAUGAAUGGCUCGCGGCGGAACAGUGGCUCCUCACUGGUGUCCAGCUCCUCAGCCUCCUCCAACCUGAGCCACCUAGAGGAGGACACAUGGAUCCUGUGGGGCCGUAUUGCCAACGAGUGGGAAGAGUGGCGGCGCCGGAAAGAGAAGCUGCUCAAGGAGCUGAUCCGCAAGGGCAUCCCGCACCACUUCCGGGCCAUUGUGUGGCAGCUCCUAUGCAGUGCCACGGACAUGCCAGUCAAGAACCAAUACUCAGAGCUGCUCAAGAUGUCCUCACCAUGCGAGAAGCUGAUCCGCAGGGACAUUGCACGUACUUACCCAGAGCAUGAGUUCUUCAAGGGCCAAGACAGCCUCGGCCAGGAGGUCCUCUUUAACGUCAUGAAGGCCUACUCCCUGGUGGACCGAGAGGUGGGCUACUGCCAGGGCAGCGCCUUUAUUGUAGGCCUGCUCCUCAUGCAGAUGCCUGAGGAGGAGGCCUUCUGCGUGUUCGUGCGGCUGAUGCAGGAAUACCGGCUGCGGGAGCUCUUCAAGCCCAGCAUGGCCGAGCUGGGGCUGUGCAUCUACCAGUUUGAAUACAUGCUGCAGGAGCAGCUCCCGGACCUGAACACCCACUUCCGCUCACAGAGUUUCCACACGUCCAUGUACGCCUCGUCCUGGUUCCUCACGCUCUUCCUCACCACCUUCCCCCUGCCCGUUGCCACUCGUGUCUUCGACAUCUUCAUGUACGAGGGCCUGGAGAUCGUGUUCCGGGUGGGCCUUGCCCUGCUGCAGGUGAACCAGACGGAGCUGAUGCAGCUGGACAUGGAGGGCAUGUCCCAGUACUUCCAGAGGGUGAUCCCCCACCAGUUUGACAGCUGCCCAGACAAGCUGGUCCUCAAGGCCUACCAGGUCAAGUACAACCCCAAGAAGAUGAAGAGGCUGGAGAAGGAGUAUGCAGCCAUGAAGAGCAAGGAGAUGGAGGAGCAGAUCGAGAUCAAAAGACUUCGGACAGAGAACCGGCUCCUGAAACAGCGGAUUGAGACCCUGGAGAAGGAGAGCGCUGCUCUGGCUGAUAGGUUAAUCCAGGGGCAGGUGACACGGGCGCAGGAGGCUGAGGAGAACUAUGUCAUCAAGCGGGAGCUGGCAGUGGUGCGGCAGCAGUGCAGCUCAGCAGCAGAGGACCUACAGAAGGCGCAAAGCACUAUCAGGCAGCUUCAGGAGCAGCAGGAGAACCCACGCCUCACUGAGGACUUUGUGGCCCACCUGGAGACAGAGCUGGAGCAGUCACGGCUACGGGAGACAGAGACACUGGGGGCCCUGCGGGAGAUGCAGGAUAAGGUUCUGGACAUGGAGAAGAGGAACAGCUCCCUGCCUGACGAGAACAACGUGGCGCGGCUGCAGGAGGAGUUGAAGGCGCUCAAGGUGCGGGAAGGCGAGGCGGUGGCCUCUGCACGAGAGCUGAAACUGCAGCUGCAGGAGCUAUCGGACACCUGGCAGGCGCAUCUGUCCCGAGGCGGCCGCUGGAAGGAGUCCCCGCGGAAGCUGGUCUUGGGCGAACUCCAGGACGAGCUGAUGAGCGUGCGUUUGCGUGAGGCCCAGGCCCUGGCCGAGGGUCGCGAGCUACGGCAGCGUGUGGUGGAACUUGAAACCCAGGACCACAUCCACCGCAACCUGCUGAACCGCGUGGAGGCCGAGCGCGCCGCGCUGCAGGAAAAGCUGCAGUACCUGGCCGCGCAGAACAAGGGGCUGCAGACGCAGCUCAGCGAGAGCCGCCGCAAGCAGGCCGAGGCGGAGUGCAAGAGCAAGGAAGAGGUGAUGGCCGUGCGUCUGCGGGAGGCGGACAGCAUGGCUGCGGUGGCUGAGAUGAGGCAGCGCAUCGCGGAGCUGGAGAUCCAGAGGGAGGAGGGCCGCAUUCAGGGCCAACUGAACCACUCAGACUCGUCGCAGUACAUCCGUGAGCUCAAGGACCAGAUUGAGGAGCUGAAGGCGGAGGUGCGGCUGCUGAAGGGCCCGCCACCCUUCGAGGAUCCACUGGCUUUCGAUGGACUGAGCCUGGCCCGACACCUGGAUGAGGACUCGCUGCCGUCGUCAGAUGAGGAGCUGCUGGGCGUGGGCGUGGGCGCGGCUCUACAGGAUGCGCUCUACCCUCUGUCCCCGCGCGAUGCGCGCUUCUUCCGACGUCUGGAGCGACCCGCCAAGGACAGCGAGGGCAGCUCAGACAGUGACGCAGAUGAGCUGGCCGCGCCCUAUAGCCAGGGCCUGGACAACUAAGACCCGGUUCCCCGCUGCGGAGCCGGGAAGCCACAGCCUCGGUACACGGGGCAGUCAACCGCCUGCUGCUCCGCACACGCACUUAAGAACUCCACGCCUCGGCGGCUCCGCCUACCCCAGGGCCGAGUCAGCGAGGCAGCACGUAGAGGGCAGGGCCCCGGCAGGCCCUCCCUCCCCAGCAGUGUUUACCCUUCUUGGUGGUAUCCCUCCGGCCCUCCCGUGUCCCACGGGUGGUGCCUGAGCAGUUACCUGGAAGGUGUGCCCUCCACACUGAGGGCAGGGGCGGCGAUGAAGAGAUGGCAGGACUGGAUGAGUGGGCUUCCUUCAGAAACAAGGGCGGCCCUGCUGGGAAGGGCUCAGGAGCUAGAAGAGGCCUGAGGAAGAGGGGCAGCUCUGGGCUAGACAUUAGCACCCCAUGAGGAUGCCCUCAGGACACAGUGACCCUUGAUCAUCCAGCUCCUGGCUGCCAGGGACAGAUGACCAGGCUAGGCUUUCCUGCCUGGUGCAGGCAUUGUGGCCCCUGUAGCAGAAACCAAAGUCCCCCCUAUGUAAAGGACCACCUGGGGUGUGAGUGGCCAGCAGGGGCCAGCUCAAGCCUGGGCAGUAUCUCCCUGCUUCUCUGGGGCCAGAGAAGCUAUAAGGAAGCAAAGAGAUCCCUCUCCCCAGCCCCCCAUCGUCUUCUGGGAAUUACUGGCAUCACCUAUCUUGGCCAGUGAUGGAAGGGGACUCUUUCCUUGAGAUUCCUCAGCCUCAUCCACUUUUCUUCCUUCCUGUGGCCCUAGCCCCACCCUCAAGCUAGGGUCAGGCCUAUGGGUGGAGUUUCCCAGCAGAGUUGCCUCCUCCGGUUUCUGCUGAACCCAAGUUGAGAACGGUGCCAAAGUCCAAUGAUGCCCCCCCAGACCCUUUCCAAGUCCCACCCGGGGCCUCCUGACUGUCAGGGCUGACCCCCUCGGUGCUCAUGGAGCCUCGAGUAGAGUACCAUCACAAGCAAUCUCCCUGGCACAUCCUGGGGUGGGGACCCCUGCUCAGUACCCCCUUCCUGGUCACCCACUCUUCAGUGUUACCAAGCCUGGGGACCAGGGCAGGCACCUGCGGGGCUGUCCCACAUGCCACCCACACUGCCCACCACCAUUUUGCACACUGCCUGUUCACACUCCACAUGUCGCCCAGGCGAGAAAGAUGGAAAAUAAAGUGUAUUUACACAGUCA